AUGCGAUCCUCAGGGUCGACGAUGCUGCUCCUGGUGGCGGUCGGCACACUCCUCUUGGUUGGUGGCGGCAGUGCCGCCGGAUGCGACAGAGCAGCCGUGCAGUCUUUCGACGCUAAUAAGUAUCAGGGCGUGUGGUACGAGAUCGCCAGGUUGGGAGAGGCUCCGUUCGAGGAGGGGGGCCAGUGCAUCACGGCGGAGUACACAGUGGCUGGCGACAACAACGUGACCGUACACAACAGACUGUUCAGCACGGCUGCGGGGGCCUUCAACGACAUCAUCGGAUGGGCCGAGUGGGACGACCCUGAAUCCGGAGAGGCCAAAUUCACGGUGCACUUCCCAGGCGUAACAGAGAACUCAUGGAUCCUGUCACGGAGUGCCCCGCUGACAGCAGAGCAGGAGCAGCAGGUGAAUGACAAGCUGGAGGUCCUGGGUCUGACACGGAGUCGCUACACAGACACCCCACAGGACCCACAACAGUGCACUGUCAGAGUCAGCACAUGCGACAAGGCCACUGUCACCGAAUUUGACACUUCUAAGUACCAGGGCGUGUGGUACGAGAUCGCCAGGUUCGGAGAAGCUCCCUUCGAGGAAGGCGGGCAAUGUACCACAGCGGAGUACACAGUGGCUGGUGACAACAACGUGACUGUACACAACAGACUGUUCAGCGCGGCUUCUGGGGCCUUCAACGACAUCAUCGGCUGGGCCGAAUUUGAUGACCCUGACUCCGGAGAGGCCAAACUCACGGUGCAUUUCCCAGGCGUGCCAGUGACGGGUCCCUAUUGGGUCCUGGAUACUGACUACGACAGCUACUCAAUUGUCUGGGCCUGCAGGGAGCCUACAGAUGAAACCUCCAACAUUACAGAGAACUCAUGGAUCCUAUCACGGAGUGCCCAGCUGACAGCAGAGCAGAAGCAGCAGGUGAAUGACAAGCUGGAGGCCCUGGGUCUGCCUCGGAGCCGCUACACAGACACCCCACAGGACCCACAACAGUGCACUGUCAGAGUCAGCACAUGCGACAAGGCCGUUGUCACCGAAUUUGAUGCUUCUCAGUAUCAGGGCGUGUGGCACGAGAUCGCCAGGUUGGGAGAGGCUCCCUUCGAGGAGGGCGGGCAGUGCAUCACGGCAGAGUACACAGUGGCUGGCGAGAACAACGUCACCAUACACAACAGACUGUUCAGCACGGCUGCGGGGGCCUUCAACGAUAUCAUCGGAUGGGCCGAGUGGGACGACCCUGACUCUGGAGAGGCCAAAUUCACGGUGCAUCUCCCAGGCGUACCAGAGAACUCGUGGAUCCUGUCGCGGAGUGCCCAGCUGACAACAGAGCAGGAGCAGCAGGUGAAUGACAAGCUGGAGGCCCUGGGUCUGCCGAGGAGCCGCUACACAGACACCCCACAGGAUCCACAACAGUGCACUGUCAGAGUCAGCACAUGCGACAAGCCGGCUGCCAAGGAAUUUGACAUUUCUAAGUAUCAGGGCGUGUGGUACGAGAUCGCCAAGUUGGGAGAGGCUCCGUUCGAGGAGGGCGGCCAGUGCAUCACGGCGGAGUACACAGUGGCUGGCGACAACAACGUGACCGUACACAACAGACUGUUCAGCACAUCUACUGGGACCUUUAACGACAUCAUCGGCUGGGCCGAGUUGGACGACCCUGACUCCGGAGAGGCCAAAUUCACAGUGCACUUCCCAGGCGUACCAGUGACGGGCCCCUAUUGGGUCCUGGAUACAGACUACGAGACCUAUUCGGUUGUCUGGGCCUGCAGGGAGCCUACAGAUGAAACCUCCAACAUUACGGAGAACUCGUGGAUUCUGUCGCGGAGUGCCCAGCUGACAACAGAGCAGGAGCAGCAGGUGAAUGAAAGGCUGGAGGCCCUGGGUCUACCACGGAGCCGCUACACGGACACCCCACAGGACUCACAACAGUGCAAUGUUACAGUCAGCACAUGCGACAAGCCGGCUGUCACAGAAUUUGACACUUCUAAGUAUCAGGGCGUGUGGUACGAGAUCGCCAGGUUGGGAGAGGCUCCGUUCGAGGAGGGCGGCCAGUGCAUCACGGCGGAGUACACAGUGGCUGGCGACAACAACGUGACCGUACACAACAGACUGUUCAGCACAGCUGCGGGGGCCUUCAACGACAUCAUCGGCUGGGCCGAGUUGGACGACCCUGACUCUGGAGAGGCCAAAUUGACAGUGCACUUCCCAGGUGUACCAGUGACGGGUCCUUAUUGGGUCCUGGAUACUGACUACGACAGCUACUCAAUUGUCUGGGCCUGCAGGGAGCCUACAGAUCAAACCUCCAACAUUACUGAGAACUCGUGGAUCCUGUCACGGAGUGCCCAGCUGACAGAUGAGUUGGAGCAGCAGGUGAAUGACAAGCUGGAGGCACUGGGUCUGACACGGAGCCGCUACACAGACACCACACAGGACCCACAACAGUGCAGUGUCAGAGUCAGCACGUGCGACAAGGCUGUAGUCACCGAAUUUGAUACUUCUCAGUAUCAGGGCGUGUGGUACGAGAUCGCCAGGUUGGGAGAGGCUCCGUUCGAGGAGGGCGGCCAGUGCAUCACGGCGGAGUACACAGUGGCUGGCGAGAACAACGUGACCGUACACAACAGACUGUUCAGCACGGCUGCGGGGGCCUUCAACGACAUCAUCGGCUGGGCCGAGUGGGACGACCCUGAAUCCGGAGAGGCCAAAUUCACUGUGCACUUCCCAGGCGUACCAGAGAACUCCUGGAUCCUGUCACGGAGAGCCCAGCUGACAGAAGAGCAGGAGCAGCAGGUGAAUGACAGGCUGGAGGCGCUGGAUCUGCCACGGAGCCGCUACACAGACACCCCACAGGAUCCACAACAGUGCACUGUCAGAGUCAGCACAUGCGACAAGCCGGCUGCCAAGGAAUUUGACAUUUCUAAGUAUCAGGGUGUGUGGUACGAGAUCGCCAGGUUGGGAGAGGCUCCGUUCGAGGAGGGCGGCCAGUGCAUCACUGCGGAGUACACAGUGGCUGGCGAGAACAACGUGACCGUACACAACAGGCUGUUCAGCGCAUCUACUGGGACCUUUAACGACAUCAUCGGCUGGGCCGAGUUGGACGACCCUGACUCCGGAGAGGCCAAAUUCACGGUGCACUUCCCAGGUGUGACAGACUUGCUUAUUUCAUGUGUGUUGACAGUGACAGGUCCGUAUUGGGUACUGGAUACUGACUACGACAGCUACUCAAUUGUCUGGGCCUGCAGGGAGUCUACAGAUGAAACAUCCAACAUAACGGAAAACUCGUGGCUGCUCUCACGGACGAGUGACAUGUCUGAGGAGCUGACGCAGCAAGUGGAUGCGAAGCUGGAGGAACUAGGACUCCCUCGCAGCCGGUACACAGACACGCCUCAGGACUCCAACGGCUGCCAAGUUGAAGAGGACAGCGACGAUGGCGCCGCUGCACUGGGCCCUGCGGUCGCACUCAUGCUGGCCACCACCGUCGCACUGUUCUUCUCCCUGUGA